AAAGAAAGAACAAGAGGAAGGAGAUCAAGUGCUGGAUUUACUCCUCCCUCGCAGCCUGUGAGUUUCUCUCACACUCGCUCGCAGCCAGCUCCCGCGGUGGGAAGUGAGGCUGGAAAAACCUCUCAGCCGCAGAAAAUAACGUUUUUCGGACGUGCUUGGUUUUGAGUAGCCGUGACGUGCAAAACGCACCGCGGGCCCGGUCGCUGGAGCCGAGAGGAGAGCCUCACACGCACUGAGGAAGGAGAGGGGAGAGCAGAGCGCCCGGCGGCGCCCGGGCUGGAGCGGGAGAGCGGGGCGCGCAGCGCGCGCGCGCGGACACACACACGGCGGAGAAGGCGAGCGGGGCGCGCACAGUCCACUCCCCCCCGCGCUGGAGAGGGACUGCGGGGCGCGCACACCCCACCGGAGGGGCUCCGAGGCGGGAGCCGAGCGCACAGGCGCACACGGGAGCGCGCACACGCACACACACACACACACUGUCUCACACGCUGACUGACUUGCUCUCUUUCUAACACACACACACACGGAGCUUUACUAUCGCUCUCCCGCUGUACUCCCUCCUCGCUCAGCAUUCAAACAGCUUGCCGACAUCACCAGCCAAGGAUUUUUCCCCCCGGCCGCUGUCCGUCCAUCAGUACCUGAGGGGGGAGGAGGAGCAGGGAGAAAAGAGGAAUAAGUAUAUUCAUAAUAAUAACAACAGCCAAAACCCACCACCACAUCUGCGUUAGGGCGGCAGUAGCCUGUAGGUCUCCUCGCAGCUCAUCGCUUGCCUGGUAUCUCCGCUGAUCGGUUUGUUGGGUUAGACUUUGGUUCAAGUUAAAAAAACAAAACAAAACAAAACAAAAACCUUCGCUGUUCAGCCAGGUCCAUUUUUCCCCCCCUGCAGUCUCUCUGGUUUGGGGCUUUUUCUUUCCCUUCACACGGUGGAUUUGGUGGAUCCGGAGCCAAAGCUUUGCGCGGUGCUGGGGUUUCCUCUCUGCCUGUGUUUUUUUGUUGUUGUUUUUUUCCCCCUCUCUUCUUCUUCUCUCCUUUAAAUCUUGGUUUUGAACCUGAGCCUGGGAAAAUGGGAAACGGUGCUUCCGACAGAAGGGGAAUCGCUCCAUCGCUGUUGUUGGGACGCGUGCCUGUGGUGCUAGUGUUUUAGAGAAAUAGCCUGACAGCUUUCGGAGUGGAAGGUAAGGGUGUCCAGGGGCAUUUUCCAUUUCCCAUUUCCCGGGAUUAUGACUGUAGAGCUGUUAGCUCGGGAUUCCGGGGAGGAGGAGGCGGCGGCGGCGGCGGCGAAGGAGGCGGAGGACAGGCUGUUGCUGAACGAUAAAGAGAGCCUACACAUGCAGAAUUGUCUCUGCAUUUAGUUGUACCCUGCAGUUUAAAAGUUAGAGAAGUCUGGCUUGCGACAGGUCUGCUUCCCUGAGAGUAAUUUCCAGCGAGACCAAGAAAACCUGAGGCCAAAUGACAUAGGAUGAAGGCUGUUCGUAAUUUGCUGAUUUAUAUAUUUUCCACCUAUCUACUGGUUAUGUUUGGAUUUAAUGCUGCCCAAGACUUCUGGUGUUCCACGCUGGUGAAGGGGGUCAUUUAUGGAUCGUAUUCUCUAAAUGAAAUGUUUCCUAAAAACUUUACAAACUGCACUUGGACGCUGGAAAAUCCAGAUCCGACCAAAUAUAGUAUUUACCUGAAAUUUUCCAAAAAGGACUUCAGCUGCUCCAACUUUUCCCUUUUGGCUUAUCAGUUUGAUCAUUUUUCCCAUGAAAAAAUAAAGGAUCUUUUAAAAAAUAACCAUUCUAUAAUGCAGCUCUGCGAUUCCAAGAAUGCUUUUGUAUUUCUGCAAUAUGAUAAAAAUUUUAUUCAGAUACGCCGGGUUUUUCCCAUCGAUUUCCCAGGAUUACACAAAAAGGAAGAAGACCAAAAAUCUUUCUUUGAGUUUUUGGUGUUGAAUAAGGUGAGCCCAAGCCAGUUUGGUUGCCAUGUAUUAUGCACUUGGCUAGAGAACUGCCUGAAAUCCGAGAACGGGAGAACCGAGUCCUGUGGGAUCAUGUAUACAAAAUGUACCUGCCCUCAGCAUUUGGGAGAAUGGGGAAUAGACGACCAGUCCCUGGUGUUGCUCAGCAAUGUGGUGCUGCCCCUCAACGAGCAGACGGAGGGGUGUCUGACCCAGGAGCUGCAAACUACCCAGGUCUGCAACCUUAGCAAAGAAGCUAAACGGCCGCCAAAAGAAGAAUUUGGAAUGAUGGGAGAUCAUACAAUUAAAAGUCAGCGACCUCGAUCUGUUCAUGAGAAAAGGGUCCCUCAGGAACAAGCUGAUGCUGCUAAAUUUAUGGCACAAACUGGUGAAUCUGGUGUUGAAGAGUGGGCCCAAUGGAGCACAUGUUCAGUUACUUGUGGUCAAGGGUCGCAGGUGCGAACCAGAACUUGUGUAUCACCUUACGGGACACACUGCAGCGGCCCUUUAAGAGAAUCAAGGGUUUGCAAUAACACUGCCCUCUGUCCAGUACAUGGAGUUUGGGAGGAGUGGUCACCUUGGAGCUUGUGUUCAUUCACAUGUGGUCGAGGCCAAAGAACAAGAACAAGGUCAUGUAUACCUCCCCAGUAUGGGGGAAGAUCGUGUGAUGGACCUGAAACACAACAUAAACCUUGCAAUAUUGCUCUCUGCCCCGUUGAUGGACAGUGGCAAGAGUGGAGUUCAUGGAGUCAGUGCUCAGUGACGUGUUCCAAUGGCACGCAGCAGAGAAGUCGACAGUGCACUGCGGCUGCUCAUGGAGGUUCUGAAUGCAGAGGUCCUUGGGCUGAAAGCAGAGAGUGCCAUAACCCAGAAUGUACAGCUAACGGUCAGUGGAACCAAUGGGGUCACUGGAGUGGAUGUUCCAAGUCAUGUGAUGGUGGCUGGGAAAGGCGAAUAAGGAUUUGUCAAGGUGCAGCUGUGACUGGGCAACAGUGUGAAGGAACUGGUGAGGAGAUCAGACGAUGCAGUGAACAGAAGUGCCCUGCACCUUAUGAAAUAUGUCCUGAAGAUUAUUUGAUGUCAAUGGUGUGGAAAAGGACCCCAGCUGGUGACAUGGCAUUCAAUCGAUGUCCUCUCAAUGCCACAGGCACCACUAGCAGACGCUGCUCUCUCAGUGUUCAUGGAGUGGCCUUCUGGGAACAUCCAAGCUUUGCUAGAUGCAUAUCAAAUGAGUACAGACACUUGCAGCAUUCAAUUAAAGAGCAUCUGGCCAAAGGACAGAGGAUGCUGGCUGGUGAUGGAAUGUCCCAGGUGACCAAAACACUGUUGGAUUUAACUCAGAGGAAAAACUUUUAUGCAGGGGAUCUUCUGAUUUCUGUGGAAAUUCUCAGAAACGUGACAGACACAUUUAAAAGGGCAAGUUAUAUCCCUGCAUCUGAUGGUGUCCAGAACUUCUUUCAAAUAGUUAGUAACCUGCUAGAUGAAGAGAACAAAGAGAAAUGGGAAGAUGCACAGCAGAUCUAUCCAGGAUCAGUGGAGCUAAUGCAGGUGAUUGAAGAUUUUAUACACAUUGUUGGAAUGGGGAUGAUGGACUUUCAGAAUUCAUACCUAAUGACUGGAAAUGUAGUGGCUAGCAUUCAGAAGCUUCCUGCAGCAUCUGUUCUAACAGACAUCAAUUUCCCAAUGAAAGGAAGAAAAGGAAUGGUUGACUGGGCACGAAACUCAGAAGACAGGGUUGUCAUUCCAAAAAAUAUCUUCACUCCUAUGUCAUCAGAACUAGAUGAAUCCACUGUAUUUGUGCUUGGAGCGGUGCUGUACAAAAAUUUAGAACUCAUUUUGCCCACUUUAAGAAAUUUUACUGUUGUUAAUUCCAAAAUCAUUGUCGUCACUAUAAGGCCUGAACCUAAAACAGCGGAUUCAUUUCUAGAGAUAGAGUUAGCACAUCUGGCUAAUGGCACGUUGAAUCCCUAUUGUGUGCUGUGGGAUGAUUCAAGAAUGAACGACUCUUUGGGAACCUGGUCCACCCAGGGAUGUAAAACUGUGCUUACCGAUGCAUCCCAUACGAAAUGCUUAUGUGAUCGUCUCUCUACCUUCGCCAUUUUGGCUCAGCAACCUAGAGAAAUAAUCAUGGAAUCAUCUGGUGCCCCCUCAGUAACCCUAAUAGUAGGCAGUGGUCUCUCAUGCUUGGCCUUGAUCACCCUAGCAGUUGUCUAUGCAGCACUAUGGAGGUACAUCAGAUCGGAGAGGUCAAUAAUUCUAAUUAAUUUCUGCCUAUCUAUAAUCUCAUCAAAUAUUCUUAUACUGGUUGGACAAACUCAGACACAUAAUAAGGGCAUCUGCACCACGACCACCGCAUUUUUACACUUCUUCUUCUUAGCUUCGUUCUGUUGGGUUUUGACAGAAGCGUGGCAGUCGUACAUGGCUGUUACUGGAAAAAUUAGGACACGACUCAUAAGGAAACGCUUUUUGUGCCUUGGAUGGGGUUUACCAGCAUUAGUAGUGGCAAUAUCAAUAGGCUUUACCAAGACGAAAGGAUAUGGAACAUCUCACUACUGCUGGCUGUCUCUCGAAGGAGGACUACUCUAUGCGUUUGUUGGACCUGCGGCUGCUGUUGUCUUGGUCAACAUGGUGAUUGGCAUUUUGGUAUUUAAUAAACUUGUUUCCAGAGAUGGGAUCCUAGAUAAAAAGCUCAAACACAGAGCGGGUCAGAUGAGUGAGCCUCAUAGCGGUUUGACGCUCAAAUGUGCCAAGUGUGGAGUAGUUUCAACAACAGCUUUGUCAGCCACCACCGCCAGUAAUGCCAUGGCAUCCCUUUGGAGUUCCUGUGUUGUGUUGCCUCUUCUGGCUCUGACGUGGAUGUCGGCAGUUCUGGCCAUGACAGACAAAAGAUCAAUAUUAUUUCAGAUACUCUUCGCAGUAUUUGAUUCAUUGCAAGGCUUUGUUAUUGUCAUGGUCCACUGCAUUCUCCGAAGAGAGGUUCAAGAUGCAUUUAGAUGUCGAUUAAGAAACUGCCAAGAUCCAAUCAAUGCAGAUUCUUCAAGCUCUUUUCCUAAUGGACAUGCUCAGAUCAUGACAGAUUUUGAAAAAGAUGUGGACAUUGCUUGUCGGUCAGUUCUACAUAAGGAUAUUGGACCAUGCAGAGCAGCUACAAUAACAGGAACACUUUCUAGAAUUUCACUAAAUGAUGACGAAGAAGAGAAAGGAGCAAACCCUGAAGGUAUGAGCUAUUCAACAUUGCCCGGAAGCAUCAUUUCCAAAGUCAUCAUUCAGCAGCCCACAGGCCUCCACAUGCCUAUGAGCAUGAGUGAGCUGGCCAAUCAGUGUUUGAAAAAAGACAACAGUGAGUUGCGGCGGACUGUGUAUUUAUGCACUGAUGAUAACUUGAGAGGUGCAGACAUGGACAUAGUCAAUCCUCAAGAACGGAUGAUGGAAAGUGACUAUAUUGUCAUGCCCAGAGGUUCAGUAAACACCCAGCAAUCAUUGAAAGAUGAGAGCAAAUUGAAUAUAGGCAUGGAUACCUUGCCUCAUGAAAGGCUGUUGCACUAUAAAGUUAAUCCGGAAUUCAACAUGAAUCCCUCUGUAAUGGACCAAUUCAAUAUCAAUUUAGAUCAGCAUCUUCCCACCCAGGAACAUAUGCAGAAUUUGGCCUUUGAGCCCCGCACAGCAGUAAAGAACUUCAUAGCCUCCGAGUUGGAUGACAAUGCAGGAUUAGCAAGAAGCGAAACUGGAUCCACAAUAUCAAUGAGUUCUUUAGAGAGAAGAAAAUCACGUUAUUCGGACCUUGACUUUGAAAAGGUUAUGCAUACAAGGAAGAGGCACAUGGAAUUGUUUCAGGAAUUAAAUCAGAAAUUUCAGACUCUGGACAGAUUUCGGGACGUACCAAAAUCAGGAAGUAUGAACAAACAUCCAGACUGCAAUUCAGAAACCAAAUUUGCAGUGCAGCAAGAGAAGCAGUGUUGUUCUAGGAGGCACAAGAGGCAAAAUCACGUGACCUUCGAUUUCUGUCAGGAACCAAAUGGAGGUCAAAUGGAAAACCCAACACCAAACAAGGCUGCAUGGGACAGUUUCAAAAACACGAAUGAAUACCAACACUAUACCACAAUAAACGUAUUAGAUACAGAGGCAAAAGAUGCUUUAGAACUAAGACCAGCAGAAUGGGAGAAGUGUCUGAACUUGCCUUUAGAUGUGCAGGAAGGUGACUUUCAAACAGAAGUUUAACAAAAUCAAAACGAACUGAAAUGAAAACAAAACAAAAAUUCAUUGCACUGACGCUAAAGAGACUUGGGAAGCCUGACAUUUGUGUCUGAACAUUGUGACUACUUUAUGUCAGGAUCUUCAUGUGCCAAAUGUCAGUGGGUUUUUUUCGUACAAUAUAUUCCCACUAGUAAAGUUAGUGGAGAACCAGGUGUACAAUUCUUACCAUCGUGUGUUGUAAGUACCCGUGGAAUGGAUUUGUAAGGUAAUCUUUAUAGAUAAACCUCAAGCAACGAUUCAUGUUGUAACAGCUUCAUUUGGUUUAGUUUUCAAAAAACUUCACCAUGAAGCACAAUGUAUAUAUUUAUGCAGUUUUUAAAGUUUAUAACAGUCUGUUUGGCCAUUACUACACUUUUUACUUUAUAAUAUAAAAGCAAAGUUUUUGUCAUUAAAUGAAUGUCUGUUGAGCUACAUUCUUCAUUGCUUUAAAUGCAAUAAAGUAAUAAUCUCACUUUUAUAUGAAUAAUAUAUUUCACAUCUUUAUUAUUGCAGUUUUCUCUGGAAAGCUCAGAAUAGCUUUCUCUGCUGCAGCUGUGUAUAAAAUAUUUAAAAUGUUGUAUGGUGUAAAUAAACUUUUGUCUACAUAUCAGUUU